AUGCCCUCAACACACAAAAAGGACAAGCCGUGGGACACGGACGAUAUAGACAAGUGGAAGAUCGAAGAAUUCAAGCCGGAAGACAAUGUCGGCGGCACCUUCGCAGAAGAAUCGUCUUUUGCGUGUUUGUUCCCAAAAUAUCGAGAACUCUAUCUGAAGCAGGCCUGGCCGUUGGUCACGAAAGCGUUGGAGAAAAGAGGGAUCGCAUGUACACUCGAUUUGGUCGAAGGCCGUAUGGAAGUGCGGACCACCAGAAAAACCUUUGAUCCAGCCGCAAUUCUUGAUGCCCGAGACUUAAUCAAGCUGUUGGCGCGAAGCGUACCUGCUCCACAGGCCAUAAAGAUCCUCCAGGAUGACAUGGCCUGCGAUGUCAUUAAAAUCAGAAAUCUGGUUCGGAACAAGGAGCGAUUUGUCAAACGCCGCCAGCGGCUCCUGGGACCCAAUGGCUCCACUCUGAAAGCCCUCGAACUUCUCACCAAUACCUACAUCCUCGUCCAGGGAAACACAGUCAGUGCUAUGGGAGGCUAUAAAGGUCUAAAAGAAGUGAGAAGGGUGGUGGAAGAUUGCAUGAACAACAUCCACCCUAUUUACCAUGUCAAAGAACUCAUGAUCAAGCGAGAGCUAGCAAAAGACCCUGCUCUGAAGAAUGAAAGUUGGGACAGGUUCUUACCCAACUUUAAGAAGAAAACUCUGAGUAAGAGACGCGUUCCUCACAAGGUCAUCGACAAGUCCAAGAAGGUCUAUACACCCUUCCCGCCGCCGCAGGAGAAGAGCAAGAUUGACCUGCAGAUCGAAAGCGGUGAAUAUUUUCUUGCUAAGCAGGCCAAGGAGAGGGCCCGAGAACAAGAACGGCACGAAAAACAGAGACAAAAGAAGGAAGAGAAGCAACGGGAGCGAGAACAAGCAUUCAUUGCCCCGAAGGAAGAUAUGGUGCAGAAAAGGACGAAGAGGAAGAGUACGGACGAGGAUGACGGACCCAGACCAAAGAAGUCCAAAAAGAUAGAGGGAUGA